AUGCUGCGCGCCCGCAACGAGGCCGCCGACGACCUCCUUGUGACCCAGUGGUCCAACAUCCUCAGCUCCCACGUGCCCCACCGCGUGGAGGAGCCCCGAGAGGUCGCGAGCCUCGCGGAGAAGGGCGACCCCAAGGUUUGGGAGCGGCUCCGGGGGCAGCUGUGCCUGGGCAUGGCCCCCCCGGAGAACAUCGUGGAUCUGUGGUUGUCUCCGAUGUCGAACGACAAAGGGGCGACCCUAGUCAAGAGCGUGUGCUUUGCGCCGCACCCUUUCGAACUCAUCCUCCUUGGUCGCCACUGCCCGCGGCAUCUUCGCGUUGGACUGGCCGUUUUCAAGCUGCCCUUCAUCGGCUCCUGGUCGACUCCGAAGAUUUUGGAGCGCAGUCCGUCGUUGGUGCAGAUAGCGGCGGUCACGGUCACGACGGUCGACGUGCUCGCCAAGGAUUUGCCCACGGUCUACGCCAUUAUCCAGACCCGCCUCCCACGCAUCACCUUCGACCUCAUCUUUCCCACUCCGCCUCCAGUUGCUCAUUUUCUCCCAUUGCUCCACUUACGCCGCGCCAUCCUCCCCGAGACGACGUUCUUCGGCUCCUCGCUCAUGUGCGGGGGCCCCGACGCGAUGCUCUUGGAGAUCAACGACCCUACAGUCCUGCACCAUUCCUGGCCGCUCUGCUCACAGAUGGUGGUGCUGUCGGACACCCGCGCGCUGGUCUACUCUAAGGCCUCGUCGGAGGUCUGGGUUGAGGCCCUGGACAGGUGGAUGCUGCUCGACCCAGGAACGGCUGCCACCGAGUUGAAGUGGAAGCCUUCGCGGUAUGGAGGCCGCGCGGUGGCUGCGCCGUCGAUGAUCCCGAGUGCGCUGGCGGCCGCCAAGACGAAGACCAGCCCGCGCCGCGGCGCCCAAGACUACGUCGCGGACAUCAUGCUGCAAGGCGAG